GCGCAAAGGCGAGCGCUCGGCAAUCUCCCCGUCGCCCGAAACAUACCUGUACGUUUUUUUUUUCUUAUAUUCAUACGUGGGCAAAAUCGCGCAUAUGGUGGAGUUCGAAGGGUGGAACGACGAACGACGAGGGUGCUGUGGUGGUUGAACAAAAGGCGGUCGUGGUGCCGGUGCGGGGAUCGAAUCAAGUGUGCCGCGGACGGGACAGAAACCGAUCGGAUCGCAGUGUGCCGGGCGUGUUAUUCUAAUGGUUGUUGUUGUUGUUCGAUUGUUGUUGUUAUGUUGAAGUGCGGGGAAAUGUGUAGUAGAUGUUUGGUAGAGAGUUCGAACGUGUGUAAAUAACGAACAAUAAAUCGUUUUUUUUUCUAAUCGAACUGAAACGUAUACAUUCCAAUUAAAAAGGCUAAAAAAAAAUUACAAAGUUAAGGACGAAUUCGAAAAGAGUGCGCGCGUGUGAUGUACGAAUUAAAAAAUUGCGAAAAACUACACUGAGAAACAAAUCGCAAUGUCGACGCAAACCUACUACAAAGAGAAGCUGGGAUUCGAUCCGAAGGAGGCGUAUUUCGACGGUCCCCCGGAAAAGUACAUGAAAACCGAAGAAAAACCGCACGGAUACGAAGAGAACUUGACCAAGUUCAAAGACGAAAGAGACGCCGUCCAAAAGAAAACGUUCACAAAAUGGGUCAACAAACAUCUAAAGAAGGCCAAACGCCAAAUUAGAGAUCUAUUCGAAGACCUGCGAGAUGGACACAACUUGAUCACUCUAUUGGAAGUUCUAUCUGGCGAAGAACUUCCAAGAGAGAAAGGUCACAUGCGUUUCCACAUGUUACACAACAUCGAUACGGCCCUGCAUUUUCUCCGAUGCAAGAAAAUCAAAUUGGUCAACAUCCGAUCGGAGGACAUCGUCGACGGCAAUCCGAAAUUGACGCUCGGCCUGAUUUGGACCAUCAUCUUGCACUUCCAGCAACACACGAAAAAUCUCUCGAAAUCUAACACGUUUUUCUUAUAUUUUUGUUUAACGCAAACGACAGGCCAACAAGAACGCCUCCGAACACUCGUUAUUUCCGCCAGUAAAAAGUGCCCGUCGAUGUACCGAUUCGUGAAAGACGGCUCGCCGUCGACGUCGGCGUCGCCGAAGCGCCUGUUCGUGCAGGCGACGCCGACGGACGGGCGUCCCGACGACCUGCGCGCCGUCUACACCAGGAAGAAGCUCUCUACCGAGCUGCUGGGCAGCUCGUUCGAAUCGACGGAGACGAGCCGUCGCGGCGACGACGGACGCCGGCGCAUCACCACCAAGAUCGUCAGGAAGGUGACGACGCUGACGCGCGGCGAACAGCGCACCGACGCCCGGGACGUCGCGGCGCCGCCUGUCGUGGAAACUAGAAACGAACUCGCCGCCAAACGUGUUAAGAUAUCCGACAUAGUCGUCGGCCAGGAACCCAACGUCUCGGCCAAGGACUACCUUCUCAGAUGGGCGAAACGCACCACCCAUCGCUACCCGGGCGUCAACGUCGUCGAUUUCACGAAAUCGUGGCGGGACGGGCUGGCGUUCAGCUCGAUCAUCCACCGAAACCGGCCGGACCUCAUCGACUUCGGCAAGGCCAGACAACAGCGGCCCAGGGAACGCAUGGAAACGGCCUUCUACAUCGCCGAACGCGAGUACGGCGUCACCAGAUUGCUCGAUCCCGAAGACGUGGAUACGCCGAAUCCGGACGAGAAAUCGCUGAUCACCUACAUCUCGUCGUUGCACGAAGUGUUCCCGGAACCGCCCGCCAUCCAUCCGCUGUACGAUUCGGCGGCGCAGCAGCGCGUCCAAGAGUACCGCGAGAUCGCGUCGUCGUUGCACAUGUGGAUCAGGGAGAACUACUCGCUGAUGCAGGACCACUCGUUCCCGCCGACGCUCAUCGAGAUGAAGAAGCUCGCCGCGGAAUCGUCGCGAUUCCGCACGGACGAGGUGCCGCCGCGCCAGCGCGACAAGGCCUACUGCGCGCAGCUGUACAAGGACCUGGAGAAGUACUUCAGGAGCGUCGGCGAGGUGGAGGUGGAGCCGGAGCUGCGCAUCGACAACAUCGAACGCAGUUGGCAGCGAUUGAUGGAGGCCCAUCAGGUGCGCGACCGGCGCAUCGGCGACGAGAUCAAGCGAUUGGAGAAGUUGCAGCGCUUGGCCGAGAAGGUGCACCGCGAGAUCAAGCAGACCGAUGGGAAUUUGGACGCGAUCGAGCGCGCCAUCGAGAACGAAUCGAGACGAAUCGAACGAAUCCACCCGUUGGAGGCGAAGAAGAUAGCGGACCAAAUCGACCAAGAUUUGUCCACUAUCGAGCAGAACAUCCAGUCGCUUCGGACGGACGUCGGGGUGCUCAGGAACGGGCGGUAUCCGCAAGCCGGCGAAUUGGAUAAACGGGUGAUCAAACUCCACGAACGAUGGGUGAACAUGCGCCACUUUUUGCACAACAAAAUCGUCGGACCGCUGGCCAAUUUGAGUUUCCCCGUCGAAGAACGAACCGUCACCAAACACCUGCGUACGGUACAAGAAACCAGAAACGUCGACACCAAUCCGCACUUCAGGAGCCUACAGGAGCACAUCGAAUGGUGCAAAAACAAAAUGAAGCAACUGAGAGCGGCCGAUUACGGACAGGACCUGCCGACGGUGCAGGCCGAGCGCGACUUCCACCAGCGCGAGCACCGCUCCGUCGAGCAGUUCCGCUCGAAGGUCGACGCCGCCGUCGCGGCGCGCCAGUACUUCCAGGGCGAGGAGCUGGCGCUCUACAACCAGCACCUCGGCCAGUUGCAGAAGGUCUACGCCGAAUUGUCGACGUUCAGCGCCAACCGGCUGACCGAUCUGGAGACGUUGCUCGAUUUCAUCCAAUCGGCCACCAACGAGCUCCAGUGGCUCAACGACAAGGAGGAGAUCGAGGUCACCAGGGACUGGAGCGACGUCAAAUUGGACGUCGGGGGCGUCGAGAAGUACUUCGAGCUAAAUUUCGGAUGCGGAGACGAGAACCUGAUGAGCGACUUGGAGAAGCGCGAAUUGCAAUUCAACUCCGUCCUCGAGCGAGGCGAGUGCCUCGUCCUACAGAACCAUCCGGCCACCAAGGCCAUCGAGGCCCACAUGGCCGCCAUGAACGCCCAAUGGGCUUGGUUGCUCCAGCUGACCCAUUGCUUGGAAACGCACCUGUUGAACACCAGGAACUACCAGGCGUUCUUCAAAGACGUGCAGAUCGCCGAGGAGUGGCUCAAAGAGAAAGACGAAAUCAUGAACACCGAAUUCAGCCAAGGAGAUUUCAGUUUGGACGUGGGCGAGAAACUCCUGCAGGGCAUGCAGAACCUCCGCGACGAGUUGAACAACUUCGGCGAUCAAGUGCAAAAUCUGACGGCGCGCGCUCAAGAAAUAGUGCCUUUGAAGCAACGCAGACAACCGGUUACCAGACCGAUAAGCGUCACGGCGAUUUGCAAUUACAAACAAAACAACUUUUCGAUCGAGAAAAACAAGGAAUGCACUCUCACCGACAACUCGGGUCGCACCAAAUGGCGGGUGCACAACUACCAAGGCGUCGAAUGCCAAGUACCAGGCGUUUGCUUCGUCCUGCCGCCGCCCGACAAGGACGCCCUCGACGCCGCCGAUCGCCUGCGACGCCAGUACGACCGAUCGCUGGCGCUCUGGCAGAAGAAACAGCUCCGCAUGCGCCAGAACAUGAUCUUCGCCACGAUCAAAGUGGUCAAAGGUUGGGACCUGCCGCAGUUCAUCGCCAUCGGCGCCGAGCAGCGCAACGCCAUCAGGAAGGCCCUCAACGAGGACGCCGACAAGCUGAUGGCCGAAGGCGAUCCGUCCGAUCCGCAAUUGAGGCGGUUGCGCCGCGAAAUGGACGAGGUCAACAGGCUGUUCGAUGAGUUCGAGAAACGCGCCAGAGCCGAAGAGGAGAGCAAGAACCAAGCGAGGAUAUUCAACAACCAGAUAUCGAACCUGCAGCUGGCCCUCGACGAGGCCGAGCGCGUCAUCAAUCAGCGCGUGCUGUCGCCGUUGCCGCGCGACAUCGACACCCUCCAGCACAUGGUGUUGGAGCACAAGGAGUUCGAGUCGCGCCUGCAGAACCUCGAGCCCGACAUCGAACAGGCCAAGGACACGUUCCGUUCGAUCACGCUGAAAACGCCGCAGCACAAGAAGGACCUCGAGCGCGUCCUCGACAAGUGGAAGUACGUGUGGAACACCAGCAACGUCUACGUGGAGCGGCUCAAGUGCGUCGAAAUCGUGCUCAACGGCAUGGAGGACGCCGGCCAGGUGGUGUCCGAAUUCGAGAAGAAGCUGGCCCUCUUCGACGACCUGCCCAAGACGAAGAAAGGUCUCGAGGACGUGCACGACGAUUUGCUCAAAUUAGAAUCUGCCGUGGGCCAGCAACAGAUCGUGAUGGACCAAUUGAACGACGAUUUCGACAACACCAGACGGCUGACGGAGAAGUCGAGGCCGAACCAGCGCGGUCCGCACUCGGACGUCGAACGUUUGGACAAGGAGAUACAGAAGUUGAACAACAGAUGGAGCAACGUGUGCGCCCAAUUGGCCGAUAGAUUGAGAGGUUGCCAGCAGGCGUACGAUUUGCUGAAGAACUACGGCGAAGCGAAGGAGAUCGAAGACGGCUGGCUGGACGAGCAAUACGGCAAAUUGGAGUCGUUGCAGCCUGUCAAGGAGAGGGCCAAGGAACACCUGGACGCUACUAGGAAUCUGCUGAACAGCGUCGUGGAGAGGGUGCCGAAGAUCGAAGCUGUGAACGUCAAUGGCGGACGAUUCAUCAGAGAGGGAAAGAUAUGGAGCAAGGGCGUGCAGAAGUUCAGGGAGUCGAUAUUGGAGCACCAGCCCUCGUUGGACGCCAACGCCGCCUUCUGGGGCAAAACCGAACCGUCCGGCGCCGACGUCGUCGCCGAGGAGCUCGACGAAUUCAACGCCAGGUACCAAUAUCUGGUCGAUUUCCUCUACGAUCGGCUGAGGCAGAUCGCCGACAAAUGCAAGGGAGAUAUCGUUACUUUGAGGUUGGUGGAGCAAAUGAAACCACAACCUCUCAGAACCUUCAGAACGGAAUUCCACAUGAGCAGCGCCAGCGAGCAAUACUCAACUUACACCACCACCACGCAUUACAACAAACAGUACGUCCAAACGAUCAAAACCGAAAACGGAUCGACCCGACCGCCCGACGACACCGACGCCACCACUAACGGCCGCCCCCCGGACAAACACACCACCAUCACCCGCAUCGCCCAACCGCCCAACCGCCGCCCCGACGCCAUCGACGACAUCGAAGGCAUCCGCAACCCCUACACCGGCGAGUUCCUCACCAUCCGGCGCGCCAUCGCCGAGCGCAUCCUCGACCUGCGCACCGGCCAGGUCGUCGCGACGCCGGCCGGCGCCCGGGUCACCAUCGACGAGGCGGCGCCGGAAGUCGCCAGCCUCCUCCGGGCGCCGUGCGGCAUCCACGAAGCCGGGCGGGAACUCACGCUGCUCGAGGCCAUCCAGCGGGGCAUCUACGAGGCGGAGCGCAGCGCCGACCAGCGACCGAAGGUAACUCGCUCGACCACCAUGAGUCAGGCCAUAAACGACGGUAGGGUCGACGUGAACGCCGGCACUUACACGCUCGAUACCGGCGAAUCGAUCGAUAUAAAAGAGGCGUACAAAAUGGGGUAUUUGCUAGAACAUACGGAGGUUAAAUUGCAAACGGGGGCUAUGGCGUUAUCGGACGCCGUAGCGCAGGGUCUGGUCGACGAUAAAACCGGUUGGAUCGUGGAUCGGAACACGGGCAACAAAUACCAAAUCGACGCCGCCGUGAAAUGCGACGUCGUCGACGGCGAUAUGCGCGAAAUCGUCGAUCCUAACACCGACGAUAAAAUCACCGUGUCCCAAGCGCUCGACAACGACGUGAUCAAUCCGAAACUGGGUAAGUACGUGUUGGGUCGCGAGAAAUUGUCCUUCCUCGAGGCGAAACGGCGCCAGUUGAUCGUCAAACCGAAAUCGCUCAAAGAGAUAGUCGACGAUAAUCUCAUCGACUCCGACGGGUUGAUACUGUCGCCGAAGCACCGGACGCGGUUGACGCUGCUCGAGGCGGCGAAUCGCGGCGUUUUGGACUUGGACGGCUUGAAGACCGUGCUCGACAUGCGGACGAACGAGUACGUGACGUUGAACGAGGCCAUCCAAGCGGGCGUCGUGACGUUCGAUUCGAAGUACAGGAAUUCGGUGACGGGCGAGUUGGUGCCCGUGCAGGAGGCCGUCGCCCGCGGCUACAUCAUAUCCAUCGUUAAAAAAUCGAUCUUCGACGUGGACGGCUUCCAGCCGCCCGACAAGUCCGAGCACGUCAGCUUCAACGCCGCCAACGCCAAAGGGUUCAUCAGCAAGAAAUCCGACGGUAGUUUGUUGGUUAACAAGAAAACGGGGAAGUUGGUGGCGUUCGCGGAAGCCGCGCAAACCGGCGAGGUCAAACCCGAAGUGUACGAGAACUUCGUUCGACCGAUCGGUAUAAUCGAAAACGGCAGGGAAUUGAACCUUCUCGAAGCGGUAUUCCGCGGCUACGUCGACCCGAAAUCGGGCAAUCUAAUCGAACCGUCUACCGGUAAAGUAAUCUACCUAAACGAAGCCAUCGCUAAACAUUUCAUCACGCCCGAAGGCGCCGCUAUGCUGAACAGUUUGCUAAAUUUGAACGUAUCCACGCGCGUUACUCGCACUCUAAUCCAACGCUACGUGACCGUCACCAGCGAGGACAUCGCCCAGGGCAUCAUCACCUACACCGAAGCCCUGCGGUCCGGUUUGAUCAACAACGAAGAACAAACCUUCACCGAUCCUUCCACCGGACACACCGUGCCCAUCGUGCAGGCGAUCAGCGAAGGGAAGCUCGCGCCGGACUCGCAGAGCUCCGAUCGAGUGCUGGCGAACGCGCCGAAAUCCGCCAGCGGCGAGUUCAUCGCCAACGAGAAGAAAUCCUUCGAGAAACACAUACAACAACUCCCCGACGACGGGAUGAGUCUAGCCGAUGCUAUAAAACGCGAGGCGUACGAUCCCGUCAACGGGCUGUUCGUCAUCGAAGGAACAGACCGCCAGGCGAGCUUCGAAGAAUGCGUUAACUUGAAGCUGAUCAAUCCCAACACGAUAUCCGUGGUGGAUCCCAAGACUAAGAACAAGCUCCCCAUUGUUAAAGCUUUGGAUAAGAAAAUCGUCGAUUCCACAGGUCAUUACGCCGCCCCCGAAGGCAAAUUGACCAUGAAAGAAGCCAUCGAUAGAGGCCUCAUCGAAAUCCACGAAGUCACCACAGCACAAAUCGCUUUAGAAUCCAACGUUAUCUACGAUCCUUCCACUCUUAACGUUACAUUCCUUGAUACAAACCAAACCACCGAUUUAAUCACCGCCAUAACAGACAACCGGAUUACUUUAGAAAACGUCACAAUUAAAGACCCAGUCACCAAUCAAACCAUUCCACUAGAACCAAACCUAAUCAACCCACAAGAUUCCACGGUAACCACCCCGUCGGGCGACAAAAUCUCCCUAAAACGAGCCGCACAAACGGGCCUAUUAGCCGUCAUCGGCGCCCCCGUACUCGCCACCGCGGCCGCCGUCCAAGCGGUCAAACAGCUACUCCCCGCGCACGAGCACACUCGCCUCUCCGAGGCGGAGAAAACGCGCGCGCGCGUCACCACCGAGCCCACCUACAAGGUGAAAAUCGGCCGCGCCCAGUCGCUCAGCCCGGAGCGCGAGCCCAAGCAGGUCUUGCAGAAGCUGCGCAAGAAGACGGUCAAGCCGAAGGAGGCGGUCGCCCUGAGGCUGAUCGACGCCCGCACGGCGGAGAUGCUCGACCGGAUCGAGCCGAUGACCGUGCUGGAGGCGUUGGAGGCGCGCCGGCUCGACGGCGACGUCGGCGCCAUCGUCGAUCCGCAACGCGGCGAUUUGCUGAGCAUCAACGAGGCGAUCGAUCGCGGCAUCAUCGAUCCGAACGCCGCCAGCGAGAUUUUAGUGCCUUUGAAUCGAAGCUUGUCGAUUCCCGAACUGAUCAAGCAGGGUUUGAUCGAUCCGGCCAGCCGGAAGAUCGUCCAUCCCGAAACCGGUGCUCAUUUAAGUAUUAGCGAAGCUAUUGUCUGUGAUAUCGUGGAUCCUCUGAGUACUCUGACGGAGAAAUCCGGUGAUAAAGUAACGUUAGGCAGAGCGCUGGAAACCGGCGUGGUGGACGAUGAUAAAUCUACCGUCGAAACGAGGUCCGGUGUUAAGGACCUCCAGGAGGCCGUGAAAGAGAAGGUGUUCGACGAGGAUGGUCCCGCGGGACCCGUCGAGUUGCCUCCGGCUGGCAUGACAUUCCCAGUGGCUGUGGAACGAGGCUUGGUGGAUACAUCGAAGAAAGCAAUCACCCAUCCCAUCACCAACGAAACCAUUCCGUUAGUCGAAGCGAUCGAAGAUAACUUUAUAAUGACCCUACCUUUCCGACCGACAUCCGAUUGCGUUAGAAUAGAAAAAGCGUUGGAUUCGAAUCUGAUCGACUCGCAAAGGUCGACUUUCACCGACCCCAAGACCGGGAAGACCUACCCCAUUUCGCAGGCCGUCGAGAAGGGUUUGUUGGUGUUGAAAGAACCCCUUCACGCCGUGUCGUUCGUUCAUUCCACCCCCGUAACUACGGUGACUAAUUCCUUCAACACCACGCACACGGUCACCACGGUCACCUUCGAAAUCGAUUCGGGUUACGCUUGUUUGAGCAAGAACGAAGUGCAGAACAUCCAGACCGGCGAGGUGGUUUCCAUGGAGGAAGCUAUGGCGAGGGGCAUCGUGAAAAACAUCAAUCAAGUCGAGAAUAAAACGGUGAUAAAGGACGGGGACAGCAUGAGUUUCUCGGACGCUUUGAACAAGGGUCUGGUCGAUAUGAACGCGGGGACGUUCUUGGAUCCGAAAUCCGGCGAAAAGUUGCCCGUUAGCAAAGCCCUGCAGGAAGGGAAGUUGUCGACAACAGUCGAAAUUAGCGAAGUUUGCAAAACGACUGAAAUGAAUAUAGCUGAAGCUUACGAAACUAUAUACGAUAAAGAAACCAGCACGUUCCGGGACCCGUCGAAUCGCAGCGAGAUUACGUUCAAAGAAGCGCUAGAUAAGGAAAUUAUCGAUCCCAACUCGCUGGUGUACGACGUAACCGCUCAAAAACCCAUCACGAUCGAACAAGCUGUCGAAAAGGGGCUGAUAGAUCCGAAAACCGGGAAAGUUUUAGACAAAAAAUCCGGAAAAUCCAUCGAUUUUAAGGAAGCCGCCAAGAAAGGGCUUAUAGCAGUGCUAGGAGGACUCGCCAUGCCUGUAGUAGCGCCUGUAAUAGCGAUCAAAAACUACAUAGACGAAUCCAAACAAACGGAAAUCUACUCGCAAAAGAACCUGAAACCCGCUCAAACUCCCAAACCGAAGCAAAUCAAAGAAGAAGUCACGUUUGUCGUCGACGUUCCGGAGCAAACCGAGAUCCUGCCGAUCGGCGACGCCGUCACCCAGCGCAAAAUCGAACCGAAAGUCUGCAGGAUACUCUACAAAAACCAGGAGCUACCGUUCACCGUCCAAGACGGCCUGGACCAAAACAAAAUAAGCCUACUCGACUCCGUCCAAAUCAUCACCAACCACAAAGUGAUACUGGUAGAUACAUCUCGAGUAGCCGUAUUGGUGAUAUCGAAACACCUAACGCCCCAAGCGAUGGCCGAAAAGGGCUACUUCGACGUCAAAACCCGCAUGUUCAUGAACCCCCAAACCGGCGCGCCGGUCACCUUCGAAGAGCUGAUAUUCGGCCUGGGCGUGUUCGAUCCCAACAACAUCCUGGUGAAGGACUCCGCGAAGAAACCUCCGCUGUACAUUCCGCUGGAAGAGGCGCUGAGCAAACGGCUCAUCGACCGGCACACCGGCUACAUGGUCGAUCCUAAGACCGGUAAGAAAGUCCACUUCUUCGAGGCGGUGAAAUUGCGAUGGAUCAUCCACGUCAACGACAAACCCAAGGAGAAAUACCAACCUCUAACGCUGCAAGAGAUCGUCGAUAGCGGUAAAUUCGAUAAAGUUAACGUUACCGUUAAAAUCGAUGAUAUCGAGCUGCCUCUCAUCAAAGCCAUCACUUCAAACGCAGUCGACGGUAAAUCGGUCACUAUUAAAGAUCCUAAAACCAUGCAAUUAGUGCCCUACUACGAAGCAGUAGACAAAUCGAUAGUGGACCCACAACGAGGCCUGAUUAUCAACACAGCCACUCAGAAUACAAUGCAAUUUUCCGAAGGUUUCUUGCAAGGCUACGUGCUGGCCAUACCGCGACCGAUAUCGCUACAAGCCGUCAUCCACAAAGGCAUCUACAAUCCCACCACCUGCAAAAUCACCGAUCCUCUAACCUCUUUGGUAAUAUCGAUACCGGAAGCCGUCGAUCGACAGAUAAUCGACGACAACAUCAGCGAAGUAAAAGACACCAAAUCCAACGCUUUUCUACCUCUCAGCGAAGCCUUGAAAACCGAUCUAAUCGACUCCACCGAAGGGAAACUGAAAGACACCAACACCGGCCAAUUGCUGCCUCUUAACGAAGCCCUCAGCGCCAAUUUAAUCCGAACGAAACCCAUCGUUUUUAACCUACUGCAAGCCAUCAUACAGAAUUAUUACUCGCCACGCACCGGCUUGAUAUUGAAUCCCAUAACGGGCGACGAAAUCACUUUGCAGAAAGCGAUCGAUUGCAAACUGAUCGAUCCGUGCACGACGAGAAUCAAAGACGACAAACGCAAGAGGAUCGUCGAAAUAAAAGAGGCCAUCCAAACGAAUUUAUUAGAUGCCGAGAAAGGCGUUCUGACCAGCCCGCUUCUACCUCUAGACCAAGCCUAUUUGAAAGGCUACAUAUUGAGCACGGUCCUGCCGUGGUCUCUACAAGAAACCCUCGCCCAAAAAGUGUACGAUCCCAAAACGGGUCGAUUCACCAUCAACAACUCGGUGAUAACUCUAGUCGAAGCCAUCGACAACGGCAUAGUGAACCCCAAAGUGCUGACGGUCAAAGAACCGACCACCGGCGACAUAAUCACCCUCGACGAGGCCAUCAAACUCCGUCUGAUCGAUCCGAUCAAAGGCACCGCCCUCGAUCCGACCACCGACGCCGAAACCAACCUCUACGAGGCCUACGAUCGCGGCCUCAUCGUCCCCUACAAGAGCCAAAUCACGCUGCCCGAGGCCGUCUUCAAGGGCUUCUACGACCCGGCCACCGGCCGCUUCAUCAACCCCAAGAACAAGGAGCGCCUGAAGGCGUCGAGCGCCAUCAACCGCGGCUACGUCGACGUCUCCUCCACGCUGGUCACCAUCGACGAGGAGAUCGUCACCUUCGAACAGGCCAUGUUCGACGGCAUCGUCGACGCCAACGCCGGCACGCUGGCCAGCCGCGACGGCUCGCUCGACUUCGGCGAGGCCUUCGAGCGCGGCCUGCUGGUGGAGGUGCGGCCGCCGGUGGCGCUCAGCGAGGCCAUCGCCAAGGGGAUCUACGACGAGGAGUCGCAGCUGUUCUUGGACCCGCAGACCGGCCACUACGUCACGCUGAUCGAGGCGAUCGAGAUCAAUUUGAUCGACGCCGAGUCGGUGAGCGUGAAAGAUACGAGGAUCGAUAUAUGGAGGAAGAUUCCGCUCGUCGACGCUAUACAUAAUAAUUACGUCGACGGGAACACCGGUAUGGUGAAGGAUUACUCCAAAGGCGAGCCGUACGAAGUCGCUUUGCAGAAGGCUUUCGCUUUGGGGAUUCUGGUGGAUAACAAAGCGGCUGUUUCGCUACAAAGAGCUAUACACCAAGGCUUGUACGACGAGAAUACGGGUAAAAUACUCGACCCGAACACCGAUAGAAAAAUCACCCUACACGAAGCUAUACGAAACUUCAACAUCAACCCGUUGCUCUUGUGCUAUUUCGACAGGAACUCCGGCGAAUACCUCAAUCUAACCGAUACUUGCCGGCUGGGCGUUAUCGAUAAACGCAACGGUACGUUCGAAGACCCGCGCGUCGGUAAACCCGUCAAACUAUCCGAAGCUCUAAACUCCGGGCUGAUAAUCGACAUUGAAUCGGCGAAUUUCGGGCUGUACGAGGCGCUCGAAAUGGAGCUGUACAUACCCGAAGAGCGGGUGUUCGUGCAUCCCGCCACCGGUCGCAAAUACACGUUGAAAGAAUCGUACGAAAACGAGCUAAUCAAUCCCGUGAAAUCGUUGAUUAAAAACACCAAAUCCAACAAAUACGUGCAAUUACCCGAAGCCGUCGCUAGCGGGAUAAUCGACGACGAUUUAUCCACUUAUUUAUACCCCAACGGUAAUAGUAUCGAUAUCGUGGACGCUAAAAAUAAGGGGUUGAUAGUGAGCGCUAAGACCCCGUUGAGUUUGGAAGAGGCCAUUCAAAAUAUGCUCUAUCGACCGGAAUCCGGGAAGUUCAUCGAUCCGAUGAACGGGGAAUACUACGAUCUAUCGCAAGCCAUAACCAUCGGUUUCAUAGAUCCCGCUACGACGGGUUUGAAAGAUCCAACCAACAACGCCGUGAAAUCUCUCAUAGCCGGUAUACAAGACCACAACGUCGACGCCGAUAAGGGCAAAGUGCUCGAUUCGAAAUCGCGAAAAACCUACAACCUCGACGAGGCCUUCCGCAAAGGCAUUUUGUUAACGUUAGAUAAACCCAUAGUCGAGCAAAAGUCCAUCGCGGAUUCCCUGGCGGCGUUGAAGCGCACGCGCGAAUGUUCGCUCGAAGAAGCCAUCAAAUUCGAGCUGAUUCACCCCGAUUUCGCUGUCGUUAAAGACCUGCAAACCGGUAAAUUCCGCACGGUAAACGAAGCCGUCGACGACAAACAACUCGACGUUAAUAAAUUAGUCGUUUUCGAUCCCGCCGCGGGUAAAAUCAAAUCGCAAUGUUGCACCUACGACAAAACCACCACCAUCUAUCUAAAAGAACCCCUCGCGUUCGUGAAAGCCGUGGAAAGUAGUUUAUUAGACGUCGGUACCGGUAAAUUCACCGAUCCACAAUCCAAAGAACCUUUAUCGUUGAAAGAUUCCAUCGCGCUCGGUUUCAUCGACCCCGAUACGGCCCUCAUCAAAGACACCGGCAAAAAGAAGCUGAUCAAGCUUCCCGAAGGUUUUAGAAAGGGCCUCAUCGAAGCCGAAAAGGGCGGCGUACUGGACACCGGCACCUCGAAAUUGUUCAGUUUACAAGCCGCUUUGGACAGCGGUUUGCUGGUCACCACCAACAGGAGUUUCUCGUUGAUCGAUUGUAUUACUUACGGGGUGUAUAAUCCGACCACGGGUCGGUUCAACGAUCCCUUCGUCACGACGAAUAUCAUAGACAGAAGGAAAUUGUCGCUGGGGGAUGUGUUGAGGGAGAACCUGGUCGAUCCGAGCGGUACCGUGGUGAAGGAUACCGAAAGCGGGGCGUUCGCGCCCUUAUUGCACGCCAUCGAUGCGGGUUUAGUGGAUCCCGACGAAGGGAAAGUGCUGGAUAAAAUCGGCGAUAAGUACGUCGAUUUCGCCAGGGCGUUGGAGAAGGGGUGGAUACUGCCCGCCGAACAAAGGGCUAGGGUUUACCGCUCUGCUCAGAAUGCUAUUUAUUACAUACUCAUCUACAGUGCUGCGAGAAUAGCGAUAUUCUCAUCGCACUGUACAUCGCGAUUGAUCGGUCGCGAUUCUAAAGCUCGACAAUUCCAGCAAGCCGUCGAAGAAAAAUACAAACUCUGCGACGACGCCCUGUCGAAGCUCCUGCGAUGGAUCGCCGACGUCGAGGACCGCCUCGCCUCCCAGGACGUCGUCCACGAAGUGGAAGAGGAACUCCGCAACCAGAUCAACGUCAUGAAACAGAUCAGAGACGAUCUCGACCAGCACUCCGGCCCGGUGUCCCACUGCCUGGACCAAGUCAGGCAGCUCGUCCUCACCGCCGGCGACGUCCUCUCCAAGAGCGAGGUGAUGGGCCUCGAGAAGAGCGGCCGCAACCUCAAGACGCGCCACGACAAGGCCACCGAUCGCGCCGAUCGCCUGCUGCGCAGACUCCUCACGGCCCGCGACGAGCUGGCUAAACUCAAGGCCGAGCUCGCCGUCUUCUCCGAGUGGCUGGGCAAAGCCCGGCGCGUCCUCGAAGACAAAGAACGCUCCCUGAGCGAUCUCAACAAACUGGAUUCCAGCGCUGAUAGCACUAAAGAAUUCGUCAACGACGUCAUCGCCCAUCAGGCCGAUCUGAGGUUCAUCACCAUGUCUGCGCAGAAAUUCGUCGACGAAAGUAAAGAAUACCUGCACGUUUUGAACGAUCUACGGACGUCCCUGCCGUCUCGGCUGCCUCACAUCGAGCCGUACUCGUCGCAGGAGUCGCCCGUUCGCAACGAGGUGUCGCUGGUGACGCAGCAGUAUCGAGACCUGCUGCACCGGGCCAACAACCUGUCGGACAGAUUGUCCGGCGUGGGCGGCCGCCAGAGGGAGUACUCGGACGCGUUGGACAAGGCGAGAGAUUGGCUGAGAGAGGCCGAGCCGCGGGCCAACAAGGUCUUGAACGAGCCGAUCGCCGGCGAUCCGAAAACCGUGGAGGAUCAGCUGCAGAAAGCGAAGGCUUUGAAUAACGAGUUCGUCGCUAACGGUAGGCUCAUCGAUGGCGCUAAAAUGGCUACUAACGCUUUGUUGCGAUCGCUCGAAGGGCAAAUAUCGCCGUCGGAAAUGUCGCGAUUGGAGGAACCGGUUAAAAACUUGGAGGAUAAGUACAAUCAGUUGUGCGGCGCUUUGGCGAAUCGUUGUCAAGAGCUGGAUACGGCCUUAGUGCAAUCGCAGGGCGUCCAAGACGCCCUCGACGGUAUCAUAGAUUGGUUGGAUCAGGCCGAAAAUCAAUUCAAAAACAUCCAAAAACCGGCGUCGUUGAUCAAAGAACGAUUGGACGAGCAAUUGCGCGAACACCGGGUGUUCCAAUCCGACAUCGACACCCACAUCUCGUCGAUCGAUUCGGUUUACUUAUCGGCCAACGAAUUGAUAAUAUCCACCAGUAACGCGCGCGUCGCCAAGAAAAUCGAAGAGAAACUCAACGAAUUGAAGGUGCGAUUCGAGAAGUUGUACGACAGGACCCAAAAGCGCGGCCUGUUCCUCGACGAAACCAACCAGGAUCUCACGGUGUUCAACAACCAAGCGGCCAAAUUCAACGAUUGGUACAACAGCGUCAUCGAAAUCGUCGAAUCGAAGGACAUGAACCGGCUGCCGGUCGACGAAUACGCCAAGCAAAUGAAGAAGCUCGUCGCCAACAGGGAGGACAACCGACGGUUGUUCGAAGACACCGUCAAAAUCGGCAAGGAUUUGCUGAACAAGCGCGACGUGACGGACACCACGAACGUCAGGGAUCGCGUCAAGGCGCUCGAGACCCAAUGGAAGACUUUGGACGCGCUGCUGGAGGAGAAAGCGCGCCUGACGAAGCUGCGCGCCGAACAGCAGAGCAACUACGAGAGCCUCAGGCAACAGGUGAACGAUUGGCUGAGUAAAAUGGAGACGAAAGUGGCCAGAUUGGACGCCGUCGCGGUGCACCUGGAAACGCUAAAGAAGCAAAACGAAGAACUCAAACCGAUCGCUAAAGACUACAAAGAUUAUUCGGUCAAUAUCGAUAAAAUAAACGACGUAGGCAGCGUCUACGACAGUCUAAUCCGAGGCGACAGACCGGAAUCGCCUAUCCGCAGGAAAGGCUACAGUCCGGGCAAGCGAACGUCGCCGAUCGACGCCAGAUCGCCGUCCCCGUCGAAAGGCCUCUCUCCUCUAUCCACCGGCGGAUCCAGCGGAUUCUCGUCGAGGCGAUCCAGCCAGGACGGUUUCCACCUCGAGGAGCUGUCCCUCAUACAACAGCAACUCGCCGAGAUCAACAACAGAUACUCGCUGCUGGGCGUCAAGAUCAACGACCGGCAAAACGAAAUCGAUUCCAUCAGAGAGGAGGUCAAGAAGCACCUGGACAACCUCAAAACUCUCACCGCUUUCUUGGACAAAAUCCAACGGCAACUGCCCAAAGACGUCGUGCCCAACACCAAAGAGGAAGCCGACAAGCUCAACAAGCAACUGAAACUCGUGCUCGAGGAGAUGUACGAGAAACAAUCUCUGCUGGACUCCACCAAGACCCAAAUCAAGGAUCUGUUGAGGCGCAAACCGGGCGCGUUGGGCGUCGACAAUCUAAACGGCGAGCUCGAAGACGUCGUCUCGCAUUGGAAGAGCCUCAACGACCACCUCAAGAACAAAAUCAAAUUCAUGGAGGACAUGAAGGAGUUCCACGACACCCACGACUCCCUGGCCUCCUGGCUGGUCGCCAAAGAGCGCAUGCUCACCGUCUUGGGGCCGAUAUCGAGCGAUUCGCGCAUGGUGCAAUCGCAGGUGCAACAAGUCCAAGUGCUGCGAGAGGAGUUCAGGACGCAACAGCCGCAAUUGCAGCACCUCAUCGAAGUCGGCGACGACGUGCUGAACCACUUGGAGCCGAGAUCGUCCGAUCGCCAGAAGAUCAACAACAAGCUGACGGCCGUCCAACAGAAGUGGGCCGAUUUGCUGGGGAAGUUGGAGGAGAGGGCCGAUUCGUUGGGCGCCGCCGCCGACACCAGCAGGGAGUUCGACGCGCAGCUCACCAGGCUGCGCGACGCGCUGCAGGCCAUCUCCGACAAUCUCGACGAGCUGCCGUUGGACAAGGAUCCCGAGGAGCAGUUGCGCAAGGUGGAGAAUCUCGAGCGGCAAUUGGAGGGCCAGCGGCCGCUGCUCACCGAUUUGGAGUCGAACGGCGCCCAUUUGUGCGACGUGCUCAGCGAUCCCGCUUCGCGGGCCGACAUCCAGGCCAAAUUGGCCUCGGUCGGUCGCCAGUACAACGCGUUGCAGAGGAAACUCGACCACAAGAAGGCCGAAAUCGAGGGAUCGCUGCGCGACGGCAGGCAAUUCGAAGAACAAUGCGCCAAAACGCUCGGCUGGCUCUCCGACGAGCUGGGUUCUCUGUCCGAACGGUUCCUCAUCUCCGCCGUUAGAGACGUGCUGGAGCAGCAACUCAACCACCACGAGCCGAUCUACAGAGACGUGCUGUCGCGCGAACACGAAGUCAUCAUGUUGCUGAACAAAGGUAGAGAUAUAUUGGCGAGGAACAACAAGAGCGACAACAGAACGCUGCAACGAGAUUUGGACAAAAUCAGCCAGAACUGGGAGAAGCUCCGCAAGGAGACCGUCGACAGGUACACCAGAUUGCAAACGUGCAACGAACACUGUCGCAAAUACUACAAGGCCUCGGAAACGUUCGUACCGUGGUUGAGACAAGCCGAAGACAAAUUGGACUCGCUGCGACCGUCGUCGUUCCAAAAGAAACACAUCGAGAAGCAGCUGAAGGAGCUGCAGAACUUCCGGAACGACGUGUGGAAGAAAUCCGGCGACUACGAAAACACCAAAUCCCUCGGCGACGCCUUCCUCUCCGCCUGCGACAUCGACAAAGACGACGUCAAAGGCGAACUGGCCGAUCUGAAAGACCGCUGGGACCGGCUCAACGACGACCUCAUCGCCAAGACGCAGGCGCUCGAAGACCAGGCCAGGAAGCUGGCGAACUUCAACGAGAACCUCAGGGAGCUGCGGCACGGCCUCGAACGAUGCGAGGACAAGCUGACGUCGCACGACGCCCUCGGCGGCGCCGCGCGCGACCCCAAGCUGCUCGAUCGCGUCAAGGCGCUGCGCGAGGAGACGGCCCAGCUGCGGAAGCCGCUGCACGGCUGCCGGCUGCAGGCCGGCGAUCUGUGCCAGGAGGCCGCCCAGCACGGCAUCGACGCCGGUCACCUCAAGGACGACGUCGACGGUUUGGGCGAUCGCAUCGACGAUUUGUGCGGUAAAUUAGACGACCGUUGCUCCGAUUUGCAAUCGGCCGCUACCGCCGUCACCCAAUUCAACGAUCAAGUGAAGGAGAUAUCGCAGGAUCUGUCGGCUUUGGAGUCCGAAUUGGACGAUAUGAAAGCGCCCGGCAGGGAGAUGAAGGUGGUGCGCGCUCAAAUCGAUGACGUCGGUAGGUUUUUGAACAAAAUCAACAAAGCCGCCGGCGAUUUAAACGAUGCCAUACGAUCCGGCGAGAGAUUAGUAGAUAACGGAUUCGCUCCCGACACGGUUUUGACCAGACAGCAAUUGGAUACGCUGAAGAAGCAGCUCGGCAAGCUCGACGAUCGCGCCCACAACCGAGAGAAAGACCUGGAGAACACGCUGAAGCGAUUGGAGGGCUUCUACGUGGCGCACGCCGGCGUCGUCGACGACAUCAACGACGCGUCGGGCGAGCUGCGCAAAUUGAAACCCGUCGGUUCCGAGGUGGAGAGCAUCAGAGCGCAGCAGAAGGACUUCAAGAAGUUCCGAUCGAAUACGAUCGAACCGUUGGGCAAGAACAUCGAGGAAGUGAACCGGCUGGGACAAGGCCUCAUCCAAUCGGCUUCGACCGGCGUCAAUACCGCCACUCUCGAGAAAGACCUCGAGAAAAUGAACGGUCUGUGGAACGAACUCCAAGAGAAAAUCAACGACAGAGAACGCAAACUCGACAUCGGCCUGCUCCAGUCCGGCAAAUUCCAAGAAGCCCUCGACGGCCUGUCGAAAUGGCUGACGGACACCGAAGAGCUCGUGGCCAAUCAGAAACCCCCGUCGGCCGACUACAAAGUGGUCAAGGCGCAGCUGCAGGAGCAGAAGUUCCUCAAGAAGAUGCUGCUCGACAGGCAGAACUCGAUGAGUUCGCUGUUCAACAUGGGCAACGAGAUCGCCAAGGAGGCCGAGCCGUCGGAACGCAAGGCCAUCGAACGGCAACUGAAGGACCUCAUCGGUCGCUUCGACGCCCUCACCGAGGGCGCCCAACAGCGCACCAUGGACCUGGAGCAAGCGAUGCGCGUCGCCAAGGAGUUCCACGACAAGCUGAUACCGCUGCAAGAUUGGCUCGAUCGCACCGAGAAGAAACUGAAAGACAUGGAGCUGGUGCCCACCGACGAGGAGAAGAUACAGCAACGCAUCCGCGAACACGACGCCCUCCACAAGGACAUCCUGGCCAAGAAGGGCGAGUUCAAAGAACUCACGGAAAUCGCCUCGAAUCUGAUGUCGCUGGUCGGAGACGACGAAGCAUCGGGUUUGGCCGACAAGCUCCAAGAAGUCACCGACAAAUACUCCGGUUUAGUCGAAGCCAGCGAACACAUCGGCGAGUUGCUAACCGCUUGCAAGCAAGGCCUCCGACACCUCGUGCUCACCUACCAAGACCUUGCCGCUUGGAUGGACCAAAUGGACCAGAAACUGGCGCGCUACAACGUCCUGGCCGUGCACAACGAAAAGCUGCUCGAGCAAAUGGACGAACUCACCGAUCAUUCGGACGACAUAGCGCGCCGACAGACGGACGUCGACGGCACCGUCGACGCCGGCGUCGAACUGAUGCGGCACAUCUCCUCCGACGAGGCGCUGCAAUUGAAAGACAAGCUGGACUCGCUGCAGCGACGCUACAACGAUCUGACCACCAAGGCGGCCGAUCUGCUCAAGCACGCCGAAGCGAUGCUGCCGCUGGUGCAGAAAUUCCACGCGAACCACAACCGACUGGUCGAUUGGAUGCAAACGGCCGAAUCGAUUCUGCAAUCCGCCGAACCGGACGAGGGCGACAUCGCCCGAUUGGAAAUCGAUUUGCAGGAACUCAGACCCGUACUGGAAGCUAAUAACGUUAUCGGUCCUCAACUGUGCCAGGCGAGUCCCGGCGAAGGAGCCUCCACCAUCGAAGGGCUCGUGACGAGAGACAACAGAAGAUUCGACGCCAUUGCCGAGCAAAUACAGCGACGCGCCGAGCGCAUACAAUUAGGCAAACAGAGGGCUUUAGAAGUGACGGGAGACAUCGACGAAUUGUUGGAGUGGUUCAGGGAGGUCGAUGGGCAGCUGAGAGACGCCGAGAAACCGUCGGCCGAACCGGACCUCAUCAGAAUCCAGCUCAAAGAACACAAAGCCCUGAACGACGACAUAUCCAGCCAGAAGAGCCGCGUCAGAGACGUCCUCUCCGCGGCCAAGAAGGUGUUGCGCGAGAGCCCGCCCGGCGACGACGCGUCGUUGAUCAGGGAAAAGAUGGAGGACCUGCGCGAAUUGAUGGACGCCGUCUCCGGCCUCAGUUCCGAUCGAUUGGGCGUGCUCGAGCAGGCCCUCCCGCUCGCCGAGCACUUCCACGACACGCACAACGUCCUCGUCGCCUGGCUCAACGACAUGGAGGAACAGGUCUCGAUGCUGACGAUGCCCGCCCUGCGGCCGGACCUCAUCGCCCACCAACAGGACCGCAACGAGAUGUUCCUGCAAUCGAUCAACGAGCACAAGCCGCUCGUCGACAAGCUGAACAAGACCGGCGAGGCGCUGAUCGGCCUCUGCAACGACGACGACGGCGGCAAGGUGCAGGAGUGGCUCGACACCGACAACGCCCGCUACGCCGCCCUCAAGCUCGAGCUGCGCGAACGCCAGCGGGCGCUCGAGCAGGCGCUGCAGGAGAGCUCGAAGUUCACCGACAAGCUCGAAGGUAUGUUGCGCGCGCUCUCCAACACCGCCGAUCAGGUCAACCACUUGGAACCCAUAUCGGCGCACGUGCCGAAGAUCAAGGAUCAAAUCGAGGACAACGACAACCUGGUGGCCGAUUUGGACAAGCGCAAGGAGGCGUACGCGGCGGUGAGGCGCGCCGCCGACGACGUCUUGAGCAAAGCAGGCAACAAGUCCGAUCCGGCCAUCAAGGAGAUCAAGGCGAAGCUGGAGAAACUGAAAGGGCUGUGGGACGACGUGCAGAAGGCCACCCAGCACCGCGGCAAGUCGCUCGACAACGCCUUGGAGGCGGCCGAGCGGUUCUGGAAGGAGCUGCACGCCAUCAUGGCGACGCUGAAGGAUCUCGAGGACUCGCUGGCGUGCCAGGAGCCGCCGGCCGUCGAGCCGAAGGCCAUACAGGAGCAACAGGUGGCGCUGCAGGAGAUCCGGCAGGAGAUCGACCAGACCAAGCCGAAGGUCGACAAAGUCAGAUCGUCGGGCGAGAAAUUGAUGAAGCUGUGCGGCGAGCCCGAUAAACCCGACGUGAAGAAACACAUCGAAGAUUUGGACAACGCUUGGGAUAACAUCACUGCUUUGUACGCCAAGCGAGAGGAGAAUCUCAUCGACGCCAUGGAGAAGGCUAUGGAAUUCCACGAAACUCUACAGAAUCUGCUGGAGUUCCUGAAGCAAGCCGAAGGGAAAUUCGAGAAAUUGGGUCCGCUGGGAAGCGACAUCGACGCGGUGAAGAAGCAAAUCGAGCAGCUGAAGCGAUUCAAGGCGGAAGUCGAUCCGCACAUGGUGAAAGUCGAAGCGUUGAACAGGCAAGCCCAAGAACUCACCGAGCGCACCUCCUCCGACCAAGCCGCCUCCAUCAAGGAGCCCCUAUCGGCGGUCAACCGCCGCUGGGACGACCUGCUGCGCGGCAUCGUCGAGCGCCAGCGCCAGCUCGAGAACGCCCUGCUGCGCCUCGGCCAAUUCCAGCACGCCCUCAACGAACUGCUCAUAUGGAUCUCCAAGACGGACGCCACCCUCGACGAGCUCAAACCCGUCGCCGGCGAUCCCCAGGUCCUCGAAAUCGAACUCGCCAAACUCAAGGUGCUGGUCAACGACAUACAAGCGCACCAGACGAGCGUCGACACGCUCAACGACGCCGGCCGGCAGAUCAUCGAAAACGGCGAAUCGGACGAGGCGAGCGUGACGCAGGAUAAACUGAACACUUUGAACACCCAAUGGCGCGCUUUGAUGCGAAAGGCCGCCGACAGACAGCGCGAAUUGGAAGACGCCUUGACCGACGCGCAACGAUUCAACGCCGAAAUUCAAGACCUACUCUCCUGGUUGGGAGACGUGGACGGCAUCAUAACGGCCAGCAAACCCGUCGGCGGUUUGCCGGAAACCGCCUCCGAGCAACUCGAACGAUUCAUGGAAAUCUACAACGAAAUCGAAGACAACCGACCGAAGGUGGAGACGGUGCUCGCCCAAGGGCAGGAGUACCUCAAGCGGGCCGGCUCGCCGGCUUCCAAUCUCCAACACAACCUGCGCACGUUGAAGCAACGCUGGGACAGCGUGACGGCGCGCGCGAACGACAAGAAAAUCAAGCUGGAGAUAGCGCUGAAGGAGGCCACGGAGUUCCACGAAUCGCUGCAGGCGUUCGUCGAUUGGCUCACCAACGCCGAGAAGCACCUGCAGAACCUCAAGCCGGUGUCGCGCGUUUUGGAGACCAUACAGGAUCAAAUCGAGGAGCACAAGGCGUUCCAGAAGGACGUGAGCGCCCAUCGCGAGAUCAUGCUCGCCUUGGACAAGAAGGGUACGCACCUGAAGUACUUCAGCCAGAAGCAGGACGUUAUAUUGAUCAAGAACCUGCUGAUCAGCGUGCAACACCGUUGGGAGCGGGUCGCUUCGAAGUCCACCGAACGAACCAGAGCUUUGGAUCUGGGCUACAAGGAAGCCAAGGAAUUCCACGAUUCGUGGUCGUCGCUGAUGACCUGGCUCGAGGAAACCGAGCAAUCUUUGGACGAGCUACAAUCGGAAGCGACCAGCAACGAUCCCAAUAAAAUCAAACAACGUUUAGCCAAACACCAAGAAUUCCAAAGGGCGCUGUCCGGCAAACAGGCCACCUACGACAACGUCAUGAAAUCGGGCAAACAGCUCAAAGAAAAAGCGCCGAAAUCGGACGAACCCACCAUCAAACACAUGCUCAACGAAUUGAAAACCAAAUGGAACUCGGUGUGCCACAAGAGCGUCGACAGACAGCGGAAACUCGAAGAGGCCCUCCUCUAUUCCGGCCAAUUCAAAGACGCCAUCGCCGCUCUACUCCAAUGGCUGCAAAAAGCCAAAAAGGAACUAUCCGAAGACACGCCGGUGCACGGCGACCUCGACACCGUCACGCACCUCGUCGACCUGCACCGGCAAUUCGAGAAGGAGCUCGAGAAGCGCAACGACCAAAUGGAAUCGGUCAUCAACAACGGCCAGGAGCUGGAGAAGACCGCCGCCCGCGCGGACGCCGCCCAAAUCCGGUCGCAGCUCGACGAGCUCGUCGAGCUCUGGGACUCGGUGACCGGCAUGACCGGCGCGCGCACCGACAGGUUGCGCGACGCGCUGCGCGACGCCGAGCGCCUCCACAAGUCGGUCAACAUGAUACUCGACUGGCUGUCGGAGGCCGAGGUGAAGCUGAGGUUCGUCGGCAAUCCGCCCGAGGACGAGGCCACCGCCUACGAGCAGGUCAAGGCGUUGGACGUGUUCCGGGCGCAGCUGAGCGAGAAGGAGAUCGACAAGAACCAGACGCUCGAGCUCGCCCACGGCAUCCUGGCCAAGGCCCAUCCGGACGCCAUCAACGUCAUCAAGAACUGGAUAAAGGUGAUCCAGGCGAGGUGGGAGGAGGUGUCGCAGUGGGCGAUGCAGCGGCACCAGAAGCUGUCGCAGCACCUGCAAUCGCUGCGCGACAUGGACGAAACGCUCGAGGAGCUCAUCCAGUGGCUGUUGGGUUUGGAGAAUACGCUGAUAGCUUUGAAGCGCGAGGAGUUGCCCAUGGACAUUCCGGCCACCGAGCAGCUGAUCGCCGAUCACAAGGAGUUCAUGGAGAACGUGCAGAAGCGGCAAGGCGAGGUGGAUAAGAUCUGCAAGGCUAAACAGGUGAAGGCCGUUAAGGAUGUCAAGAAGUUCGCCAAAGGAAAGGGACAAAUUCGCGGCUCCCAGCAUGACAUUCACGAAUCCACACAAGACAUCUACGGCUCGCUCAGUCGCAAGCAAAGUCGCGUCAGCCUGUCAGGAAGGGACCUCCUGAGCCCGGACCCCAAUUUACCUCACAUCGGCCCGAGGUUCCCGCCCGCUGGAAGCGAACCGGAGUUCCGAUCGCCGCGCGUGAAGUUCCUCUACGACAAGUGGCGCCACGUGUGGAUGCUGUCGUGGGAGAGACAACGCGAACUGUACGAUCACCUGGCCUAUUUGAAAGAGAAGGAAAAGGCCGACAACUUCUCGUGGGACGAUUGGAGGAAGCGCUUCCUCAAGUUCAUGAACUACAAGAAGUCCAGGCUGACGGAUCUGUUCAGGAAAAUGGACAAGGACAACAACGAGCUGAUACCGCGCGACGAAUUCAUCGAGGGCAUCAUCAAGACCAAAUUCGACACGUCCCGUUUGGAGAUGAAGCACGUCGCCGACAUGUUCGACGAGAACAACCGGGGCCUGAUCGAUUGGAAGAAAUUCAUCGCCGCCCUGCGACCCGAUUGGGAGGAGAAGGUGCCCAACGACGCCCAAAAGAUCCACGACGAGGUCAAGCGAUUGGUCAUGCUGUGCACGUGCCGGCAGAAAUUCAGAGUCUUCCAAGUCGGCGAAGGGAAAUACAGGUUUGGUGAAAGCCAAAAGCUUCGAUUGGUCCGCAUCCUGCGAAGUACCGUUAUGGUACGAGUGGGUGGCGGUUGGGUGGCGCUCGAUGAGUUCCUGUUGAAGAACGAUCCGUGCAGAGCCAAGGGACGCACGAAUAUAGAGCUGCGCGAGCAAUUCAUCCUCGCUGACGGGGUUUCGCAGACUAUGACAGCGUUCAAGCCCAAAACGUCCGCCUCUAGUCCCGCAUCCGGUUCCUCGGCAUCUUCACUGCGCACGCCUCAGGGGCCCAUUAUGAAGGUGAGAGAACGUUCUCAACGUUCGGUGCCCAUGGGAAGUCUACCGAGAACCGGAAAAUCGUCAUUCUCGGCCGGCACUCCGGAUUCCCUCUCCGACAACGAAGGUUCCACGUUCCGCACGCCCAGGAAGCCGUCUUACAGAUCGAAUCUGACGCCGGGCGGUUCGAGGAGCAACUCCAGACCGACGUCGAGGACCGGCAGCCGGCCCGGCAGCAAACCGCCUUCCCGGCACGGAUCGAAUCUAUCGCUGGAUAGCGCAGACGACGCUACUCCGUCGAGAAUACCGAGACGAACGCCGACGUCCGGAAGGAGUUCCGCUUUGUCGACGACGAAGAGCAUAAACGGGUCCGGUUCGAGACCGCGCACGCCCAGCGGUUUGAUAUCGCCCGCCAGUCCGGUUGGAAGCGUAGCAGAUUGUUGUAAAAAAAUGAUUAAUAAUUACGACCCGAACACCGUCUGGAUCGAACACGCCUACACAUCCCGAUCAACAAACGGCAGUCUCGAGGCUUUUGAAGCCUUCGAGUCGUUCGGAAACGCCCGUAGGACAGCGGACGCCUUCCGGUAUGAAAACGCCUACGGGACUUCGAACGCCGACAUCGACAAUCGGCCAGACGCGCAAAAAACCGACACCAAUUGCCGAUCGGGAGCCUUUUAGAUUGUAAUUUAGUACUCUUUUUUUAACUAUUCCCCCUUUCCUUCAAAAAAAUAUAUAUUAUUGGUAAGGAAUAAUCUAAAACUCACAAUGACUGACCUUUGUUACGUUUUAAGAUGCUAAAAAUGUUCAUAUUUUUGUAAAAAUUGUAAAAUAUUUCGCCUGUUGUAUUCCUUUUCGUUUGAUGGUAAACAAAAUGUUUUUAAAAAUUUCGCGGCACUAGCAGAAAAAUGUGUGUACUUGUUUGAAUUGAAAAGUUUAUUUAUUUUAUUAUGUAUUUAUCGGUUUUUUUAGUUGCCAUAUUUGCGAGAGAAAUGGAAAAGGAGUGAUGACGGUAUGUUUUUAUAUAUUUUUGUGAUUAGGAAUAUAUAUGUAUUAUUGGUUUGAUUAUUUAUACGGAGGUUUAAUCUGUAUAUUGGCAUAAAAGGGACCAUUUUUUUUAAUUAAAUUACGUUUUUAAGGUUACUUACUAAUUUGUCUAACCUGCUUUACGAAUUUUAUUUUUAAUUCAUUAAUUUUAUACCCCUUAAGCCAAACACUGAGCAUACUACAUUUUUAUAUAAGAUAAAAGUGUGAUUACCAAUAAAUGUUAAAUGUUUAUCAUUUAUAAUCGCCAGUAUAAAUGGUAAACGUGUUUGUAACUUAUUUAUACGUAUUGCUUUUUGUAUUAUUUAACUAUUGUUAUUUAAUAAAAACUAAAUUUAUUAUUCUUUACCUGAGAAUUUCUUUCCCAAAUGAAAAUGUAUUCCUCCUCAUCACUUUUAUUAUUCGGACUAACCAGAAUGAUGGACUCCCAAAACUUUGCUGUCAAAAAAAAAUGUACGUACCACCUACAUAACAUCUACUAAAAAUUAUUAAAUGAAAUAGAAGAGACUUCAAGAAAAAUAUUACAUAAAUUAGAUUUUAUUAACCUGUCAUUGUUGUUCUCUACAAUAAAAAAAGAAAUAUAAAAUACAAUAAACAAUACACACCGAAAUGAAAACGUAUGUAAUGUGUAUUUUUUCUCAUAUCUCAUAGGUUAUUGGCAAAUACAAAAAACAAAACUACACAUAUACAGUGCUUACAUAAUAAAAGUGAAUAUUUAUACAAAUAGCAAAUAGGUACAGAUAAUUUAAUUAAUUAAUAAAUCUAACUAUGUUUUUAAAUAAAAUACUUAUUUCGCGCCAAAGUCCCGAUUCGGGAAAAUGCGGUCCUUAACGUACCGUCUGACAGUUCCUUGUACACAGGACAACGGGGCGACACAAGAUCAGUCACGCAACUGUGCUUUUGUCGGUAAGCCAAUUUCUUUUUCUUUUUUUUUUUUCAUUACCCUAGAGUUUAUAUUUAUUUGAACGUUUUGAAUCUUUUUAGAUCGUUCCAAUUUUUUUUGAGUAUAAAACGAUUUUACUUUUCUUUUUCCUAGCGGUUCUUUUCCUAAAACGAUCUAUUUUAUCCGAAAUACUAUUGUACUGCUCACAAGAGAAUCACACCUUUUUGUUUCCUUUAAUUAGCUUUACAAUCAAACUUUAAAUCUCAAAUCAAUAUGUAACCCCAACCGUGUUAGUCAAGAAAAAAAUCAAUAAAGUACUAUCACACUAUGACAAAAUUCAAUAGCAUAUUUUAUCUACUACAUAAUGAGACACAUUUAACAUUUUACUAUAAGUUCCAUACCGUUCGUUUUAUAUUAAAUUUUCAUCGACGAUUGUUAUCUAGAAUGUUACAAAAUCAAUUAUCAUAUAUUAAAAUAUCACAGAUAUAUUUAUAAAUUUUAUUUUAAUCAAGCGAGUAAAAUGUAUUUGAAACAAAAACGUGAAUUCUCUUAAUAUAGCCAUUUCAAUAGCAACGUAUUCCCUAAAUAUCAGAAAGUAAACACUCGAAUUGACUUCCGUCUGCUCAGUUAAAAAUACAGAAUAUUAUAUCCCGACCUCUCUUUCAAAGCAAUUAUUUAAAGAAAAAAAAAUUAACAAAGCCUUUCUCUAACCGUAAAGUACAAAAGUUAUACCAAUAAAUGUUAAGAUCAAAAAUUAGUCUUUAAUAAAAAACCCCCGUAUUUUCUUGUUUGGAAAUAAAAGUGAAUUGCACAAUACUACGAUUCGACGCGUAGUAAAUUUAUUAAACAUAAACUUAAAAAAAAAACAUUCCUAUCAAUUAAUUUACCUUCAAGGCAAAAGAAAACUCGAAAAAUAAUACGUAAAACUUUUAAACGUUUAAAAGUAUGAUACAAGGCUUCCGUUAUAUUCGUUUUACAAUAUUUUUUUCUCACAUCAGGUCAAAAAAAGUGCAAGGAAAAAGCCUUUCAAAAGACUAAAAAUAAAUAACUUACGAUUCUUCACACUUCUCAUAAAAAUACAGUAAUUGUUACGAGCUAAUUAUAGUAAUUAACAAAAAAAAAGAAAGAAAUAUAUGCGGAACCUUUGCGGCCGUUACCUGUACGAGAGGAAGGGGUCCGGGGCGAAACUGUGAGCAGGCAAUUAAUUACUUGUGUACCCAUCAUGUUUAAGCUUGGUUCCAGUACGAAGCCUGAUAGGCUUGUUUCGGACCUGUUUUCGUCUGGUUCGUCGCCUGAGAGCGUUGACCGCCACCGCUUGACGAAUC